CUUCAAACUGUUCGUGGUUCAGUCUUCAGUCUUUAAGCGUCUCGUUCACUCGCGUCCGUGAAAUUACGCAGCGCGAGUGCGGACGCGUUACAUCACCAGCGCACCUUAACACAGGUGACACAGGACACCCGGAAGAACACGCGCAUCGACUAUCACACGAGUCUCUUGAGUUUCAAUCAAGCCCAGAAGAGCAGAGCAGAUCACAAUCAUGUCAGAGCUGAAGAAGAACAAGUUGUUUAUUGUGCUGAUGGAUGUCGUGUGUGUGCUCGUGGUGGGGAUGCCAUUCAUCAUAAUGACCAUCAUGUUCCAGCCGUACCAUCGUGGUGUUUACUGUGAUGACGAGACCAUCCGUUACCCCUACAGACCAGACACCAUCUCUCACAAAAUGAUGGCAGCCGUUACCAUUUCCUGCUCCAUCAUUAUCAUCACUUCUGGAGAGGCCUACCUGGUCUACACCAAACGUCUCUACUCCAAUUCUAACUUUAACCAGUACGCUGCGGCGCUUUAUAAAGUGGUGGGGACGUUUCUGUUCGGCGCGUGUGUGAGCCAGUCUCUGACCGAUAUGGCCAAGUAUACCAUCGGACGCUUGAGGCCCAACUUUAUCGCGGUGUGCGCUCCAGAAGUGUGCAAGGGCUACAUGCUGGAGAUCAACUGCACGGGAAGCGUUCACAACGUGACCGAAUCCAGGCUGUCGUUCUACUCCGGUCACUCCUCCUUCGGGAUGUACUGCAUGUUGUUUCUGGCGCUGUAUGUCCAGGCACGUAUGGCAUCCAAGUGGGCCCGCCUCCUCCGGCCCACAAUUCAGUUCUUCCUGGUGGCCUUUGCCAUUUAUGUGGGAUACACGCGUGUGUCUGACUACAAGCACCACUGGAGCGACGUGGUGGUGGGUCUCCUGCAAGGGGCGCUGGUCGCAGUCCUCACGGUGCGAUACGUCUCUGACUUCUUCAAAGAGCGCCCCCCUCGCUGUCCGGAUGUUGAAAAUGCUGAAAACGAAGACAGUGAACGCAAGCCCAGCCUUCAGAUCGCAGACACGGACAGAAACCAUUACACCAACAGCAGGCCUGUAUGAGCCUGACCUUUGACCUGUGACAGCACUGGAUGCUGCAGCACGUCUCAUACAGACAGACACACACUGUACACUGGCACUGACUGCGCUCUCUUCCACAGGACAACACUCCCAUUUCACACAAUGAGAGAGCGCGAGUGAAUGCAUGAACUAACACUGAAUAUUAGAUUUUAUACUUCUCUACAGACCGUUUAUACCCAGUCUUGUCCUAUGCACACUCAUAUACGCCAAGUGCACAGAUCGCCUGACAUCUAAUGAACCGUGAGGGACUUUAUUGAUUCAGCACAAAGAUGAACUUCUCCAAGGGGAACUGGUCGUUUCCAUGACAACCUCAAAACCACCGGUUGACAUUUACUGACUCGCCAUAGUUCUGCUGUUGGAAGCGAAAGAAAGUGAACUAUUCUAAGCCUUUAGAAGACAAGAAUUAAUGUUGCCCUGAGUAAGAAAUCCAGGAAGAGAAGUCUGAACAUGGAACAGGUGCCAAGAAAGGUCUUUCUCACAUUGUCAAUUAGACAUUUUGUACGGUUUUAUACAAUAUAUGUAAAUAUAUAUAUAAACUGGAUUAUAGUGACUAUUAUUACUUUUUCUAAACUUAACAUUUUGGUGAACUAGGCUAGUUAUUAUAUCUGCACACUAGAAGAAAUUCUGCAUAACAUCAAUAAUUUUUAUAAAAUAAUACUUUUUAUGUUUAAUUUGCUAAAGACUACCAUGACAACUCAUGAUUUUAAUCUAGAUUUGUUGCGUCGCUCGCUCACACAACUGUUUAAUGAAAACCACUAGCUAACCGAGGCACAUAUAUAUAUCGAUGUAUUUCAUGAAAAAUUAGUCUUACUAACCAUCCUAUCCAGCAAUAAGGAUUAGGAAAUAUUAACUAUCAGAUGUAAAAUGUUAAACAGCUGUUUAUCUCUGAAUAUUAUCACCGCGUCCAAACCAAGUGAACGAAUGCUGCUUGGAAAGUUAAAAUCACAGCCAAUCAAAAAGCUGUAUGCUGAUUCUGAACCAAUGAUGAUUCACUAAGGGGCGGAGCUACAUAACAUGACAAAAAACUUAGAUUCAAAAAUGGAUUUGCAGAAUGUUGUACUGAAUGUUUCCACAGCAUCAUGAUUGUUUAGUUUUAUGUGCCUAUUUCCAGUGAAAAACGCCUGUUAAGAUCACCAGCGACUUUCUUUUCUUCACGUCAUGCCUUUCCAUAUAAUGAAAUGUCUAUUUAAAUAUGUUUUAAACGUAAGGUGCAUUUAAACAUUGGUUUAGUAGCUUUCGCUCACAUAUUCAAAUAUUAAUAAUAAUAAAUUGGUAUACAAGUACAAAUACGUGUACUUUGCCAGUAGAAAAAGUAUUUGGGCAUGCUAUAUUGUCUUAAAAUCCUCCAUCCUCAUUUGUCGUACAAUUUGCGCUAGAAUUAUCUGAAUGAAUUACCCUAAAAUAAUCUUUAGGUUUAGACACUUAAAGGGAUACUCCAUCCCAAAAUAAAAAUUUUAUCAUUAUUCACUUACCCCCAUGUCGUUCCAAACCAGUAAAAGCGUUGUUCGUCUUCGGAACACAAUUUAAGAUAUUUUGGAUGAAA